AUGCUGCGCGGAAUGGUUUUCUCUUGGCUGGUUCCCUCGGCCCUCGCAGACGUGUCCAUUGCUGCUGGUGGCCACGUUACCUGCGUGCUGUCCGGUGGGCGGUUAAGGUGCUGGGGUCAAGGCAGCCUGGGCCAGCUGGGGCGCUGGGGGGAUCCAACAGACCUCGCUGACGCGAGCCUGAUCCCUCCGGUGCACCUGGGUUUGGGUCGGGAAGCAACGCAGGUGGCAGUCGGCAAAGAGCACAUCUGUGCGAGGCUUAGUGACGACAACGUCAUCUGCUGGGGCCAUGGGCCGCAUGGCCAGUUGGGCAGGGGAAGAGCUACGAGCCUGCUUGGCUCCCAGUCCGACGACAUGGGUGACAACUUGGUUGCUGUGGAUCUGGGAACCCUUGCAGCCUUGGAGGUGGUGGCCGGAGGCAUGCAGAGCUGUGCCCGGCUGGUGGACGGGUCCCUGCGCUGCUGGGGCCAGGGCCUGGUGGGCAGCGGAGAGAUCGGCCUGGCGAUGGGGGAGAUCCUGGCAGUGGACCUGGAAGAGCCCGUCCUUCAGGUGGCCGCCGGCAACUCGCACACCUGCGCGCUGCUGGAGGCUGGUGCAGUGAAAUGCUGGGGCUCGGACUCUGACGACUUCGGCCAGCUGGGCUGGGGCCCGGGCUCCGCUUCGCUGCAGACCGAGCUCCCGGCCGUGGACCUCGGCGGCGAGGCCCUGGAGGUCGCAGCGGGCCGCGGCUUCGCCUGUGCGCGCCUGGCGACGAGCCAGGUCAAGUGCUGGGGUUCCGGCAGCGACGGUCGACUGGGCUCGGGCUCCACCGACAACAUCGGUGACAAUGCGCAGGCUUCGCCGGCCCUGGAUCUCGGCUCCGGGCGCUGGGCCCAGGCGCUGGCCGCUGGCGAGGACCAUGCGUGCGCUCUGCUGGACGACCACUCGGUCAAAUGUUGGGGCAAGAACGAUUUUGGCCAACUGGGUCAAGGGCACACGCGGUCCAUCGGUGACGAGCCUGGCGAAAUGGGGGAGAACUUGCAGCCCGUGGACUUGGGCUCCAAUCGCCAUGCGCUGGCAGUAGCGGCGGGUGCCCUUCACAGCUGUGCCAUCCUGGACGAUUACAGCGUGAAGUGUUGGGGCUACGGCGCUUUUGGCCAGCUGGGCAACGGGGGCACGGCAUCUCUGGGCGAUGAGCCCCUCGAGAUGGGCGAUGCUCUGCCGGUGAGCCUCUACACCAAAGCCUCCAGCGAGGGUUUAGGGGCCCAAGAGAUGCACAGGGAUCCGCCGCGACCCACGCGAUUCCUACAGGCUUCCAGCAGCUGCUGCGAGAACUCGUCGACCAAGAGCCCGUGCGAAGUUCUCCAGGCGUACAUGGAGUCUGUCCUCAUGACAACCACCACCACGACUUUGGACAUCACCUUUGCAACGGCGCGAAUGGCGAGCCACGAGAAGCGAAUCAUCACGUUCUGCUCGAUGGGCUUGGUUGCAACCCUGCUGCUCUCGUUCAUCAUCUUCAUCUGCAGGAGGACCAUCGCAAAGCGGCGCGCACGGCUUGAGAAGCUGAGAGAAGAUGCGGCGAUCAGAGAUAUGCUCCAAAGCGACGAUGACGUCAGCAAGAUGGGCUCCGCCCGUGCCCUGGCGGCGGCCCUUGAACGAGAGGUAGCACCGGGCCCCCCUUCAUUGGGCGAGACGCUUCGCCCGGAGGAGGUCCCAUCUCCCACGGCGGAGCCGAAACAGCUUUCAGUCCCUGGAGGUCGUCCUCUCAGCCCCACCCCCAGUGAGACCCAUUCCGUUCGAUCUGGGCCCUUCCCACCUCCGGCCAAAGCCUCUGUACCAUCUCCACGGCCGCCCCCCGCACGGUCUCCGCGCCCGGGGCCGCCGCGGCCGCCAGGCCUGAAGUUGCCCAACUACACCUCCGAGGAGUGCUAG